AAGCGUAUAAUCGAUUCAACUCGAUUAAUUAACUCGCCUCGUUGUGAUUCUCGUAACCGAAGUUGCUCUCGUUUCAACGAUAAUGGAACAACGGUAAUCCAAACGCGUUGUCGGCACAAUUCGCGACUGACGGUUCUACGUUUUAAUGCGCUAAAACACGUUUCCCCUAUUAAAUUUCGUGAGAUUAAUCCAACGAUCAAAUUUAGAGAUAUCCUUUUAUCGGAUUAAUCGUUAAGAAAUCUUUGACAAAUUGGCAAAUUUUCUAUUUAUACGUACCGAACUCUCGACCUUUACGAUUAAACCGAUCAAAGGACCCCCUCGUAAGUAUUAAUAUUUGUCUUCGAAGUCGCGACCGCAUGGAAGAUAUCAACGUCCUCGUGAUAUCUCGUGUCCAGACUAUAACGGAGGGGAAAGAGGACGUAUCGAAACCGCACAAACUUUGCUCAUAGCGAGUUACUCGUAAAUAUAUACCGGGUGCCUCGUAUCGGAUCCAUUUCCUCGGAACCAUCCUUUAUAGAUAUUAAGUUCUAAAUUGCAUGGAGAAAGGAAAGGAUUAAAGAGAAAAAGGGAACUGGUACUAAAGAGUAAAGCGAGGAGGGAACGUUCGUCGAAGAAUCCCGGACAACGUCUUACUCGAAAACGCAGAGAGACGUUCGUUCGUUCGUUCGUUCGUUCGUUCGUUUGUUCGAGAACUGGUGACGCUUAAGCACGGAAUAAGCGGAGGGAGGGUCAAACUAAUUCGAUUCUAAACUCUGACCGCAUCGUGAGAGAGAGAGAGAGAGAGAGAGAAGCCACCCACGCUCGGACACAGAUGGUACCAAACCGCGCGGUUAAAUUCUCGAGCCGUAACUCUAAUUACUCAUAGACAAGCCGACGCGUUCUAGUGCCAGAUGCCGGUGAAACUUGUUAAAAGUCGAUUAGAUCUCCGACGGCGAAUCGGAGAUAAAAAGAUGAUGAUGGACGUGAGCAAGAACGAACCGAGUAGUAAAAACGGGGCGACUCAGCAAGAAUGUGCCGGUUGCGGCAAGACCAUCACGGAAAGGUAUUUGUUGAAAGCCUUGGACCUCUACUGGCACGAAGACUGUUUGAAAUGUGGUUGCUGCGAUUGCAGACUAGGAGAGGUCGGUUCCACGCUCUACACAAAGGCCAAUCUAAUUCUCUGCAAAAGAGAUUACUUGAGGCUCUUCGGAAACACCGGCUACUGUGCGGCGUGUAACAAAGUCAUACCGGCGUUCGAGAUGGUAAUGAGAGCAAGAACUAACGUCUAUCAUCUGGAAUGUUUUUCCUGUCAAGAAUGCGAUCACAAAUUUUGCGUGGGCGAUCAGUUUUAUCUCUACGAGAAUAAGAUUCUCUGCGAGUAUCAUUACAAGGAGAGAGUAUAUUUCGCCAACAUGCCGCAUCCUCCGCCGAACGAUACUUUAGCGCAUAUUAAAAGACAGGUCACGCAUCUUCAACCUCAAACGGUACCUGCCGGAGGUCCUCCGAGACAGGCGAAUGGGGAAACAGCCCAUAACCACAAUGGAUAUCCAGCACCAGCUACAUCGAGCGCUCACAACGUUCUGAACCCCAUGAAUAAUUUAAAUGGUAUCAAUGCGCAAGCACCGUACGAUGCCAAAUGACAAACGAAAUAAGCGCCGAUAUACACGCGUCUACGCCUACUACCUAUGUUAACACCUAAACUUAACAUACAAGAAUAACAAACAUAUAUAUAUCUAAAUAAUAUAUAUAUGUCGAAUCGCGAGAGUGCGUAGUUUAUCGUCGUUGCUAUCGGUCCGUUUCGUUUUUCCGUUUUAUUCGGAGCAUCGUCAUCGGUUCGAGAAGAGAUAAAAGGAUGAUGGAAAUCGUCGUGAGAUUUUUUGCAAAGAGAAGAGAUAAGAGACUCGUCGCGAUCGAGUCAACGUCAAUUCCACGCUACGAUCGGCAAAGAUCUAUCGAUCUUACGAGGAAACGAAAGGAAGGAAAGAUCGCGAUUACACGCCGGUGAAAAGCUGAUAAAUCAUUUGCGAUCCCUUUAGCGCUUUUUUUUUUUUUUUUGAAAAAAGAAAAAAAAAAGAGAAAAAAAAAGAAAAAAAAGAGCGAUUUCGUUUUGUAGAUAGUACGAGUAUUACCUUUUUAGGAAAAGGAUAAAGAAAGAUAAUAACGAUAAUAAUGGUGCUUUUUUCGAAGUGUAUCGACUGUUCGACUUCUUCGAUUACGAAUUGUCUCAUAUAACCGGUGAAAGGAUAGUUAACGAAGUGUAUAAAAAAAAAAAAAAAAUAAAGAAAAAAGAAUGGAAAAAGAAAAAGAAAAGAAAAGAAAAAAAAAAGAAGAGAGGAAGGUAUGCCCUAUGUUGUUGAAUUUUAGACGAACGAAUUAAUUGUAACACCGAUGUAUGUACUAUUCACGGAAUAAAAUCAUUUCAUUUCAUUGUUGA